CUCUUGCUUUCAGGCACUUCAGUUUCAUUCUAACUCUUCCAGACUAUCAAAUAAAAAGUUUCAAUCGUUCAGUUAGGAUAAAAGACGAGAGAUAAGAUCCGGUUCGGUUUUCGUGAGGAUAAUGAAGCGUUUGGUGAUUUUGUUAAUGGUGAUUGCGGUGGCUACAGCCACACCCACCCUUCAUAAACUAAAAAAGAAGCUUUUGCUUGGAGGAGGCCUAGCCGCUGGCUUGGGAGGAGGAUUUGGCGUAGGCUUCGGUGGAGGUUAUGGUGGCGGAGGAGGCGGUUAUGGAGGACAUGGUUACAGUGGCGGUGGAGGUGGUUAUGGUGGCCAUGGAUAUAGUGGUGGCGGUGGAGGAUACGGUGGUCAUGGUGGAUAUGGCGGCGGUGGCUAUAAUAAAGGCAGCGGAGGCGGAUAUCAAGUAAUAGCUGUGAAAGAAGUUCCAGUGUAUACUGUAUCAGUGCAAAAAGGAGGUGGUGGCUAUGGUGGUGGUUCUGGUUCUGGCUAUGGUGGCGGUGUGGGAGGAGGUGGGGGAUAUGGUGGCCAUGGCGGAUAUAGUGGCGGACAAGGUGGCUACGGAGGCAGUGGUCAUGGAGGAUAUAGUGGCGGACAAGGUGGCUAUGGAGGAAGUGGUGGGUACGGUGGCCAAGGUGGCUAUGGUGCUAAUACUUACUCCAACAGUAAUGCCGGUGGUUGGGGUGGAAAUGGCGGCGGCGGAGGUGGCGGUUGCAAUUCCUGUGGUGGCCACAAUGGCGGUGGUGGUGGUUCAUAUGCUACAGCCAGUGCUCAAGCAUCGGCAUCCAGUGGAAGUUAUUCCCAUGGCUGGUAACAAUUCUUGAAUUAUCUACAAAAUCUGUGAAAUUAAAUAAGACAUUAGUAUAAGUUCGUUAUGGUAAUAUCUUUUUUU